CUUUAGAAUCGACAUAUUUCCAUGAACAGUGCUAGGAACAAGACAUAACAUACCGACAUGAUAAACACAUCGUUUUAAAGAUACAAAGAAAAAUAGGUACAACUCUUGAUACUUUCCUCAGGAGAAUUGACCGUCCGAAGAAUCGUACACCAAGUAUGAAAUUUACGGGGAUCAACAAACGGCUGGACGAUUCAUCAAAGAAAUUUGUGUGUGGAGCUGUUGAAGGGUUUUAUGGAAGGCCAUGGAGCACAGAGCAGAGGAAGUUGCUUUUUUCAUGGUUGAAAAAGAUGGGCCUGAACACAUAUAUGUAUGCUCCUAAGGAUGACUGCAAACACAGAGCAUUCUGGAGAGAACUGUACUCUGUGGAAGAAGCAGAGAACAUGACAAAUUUGAUUGAGGCUGCUACAGAGAACAAUGUAGAAUUCAUUUAUGCCAUUUCACCUGGACUUGAUAUUACUUUCUCCAACUCCAAAGAUGUACAGUGUCUGAAAAGGAAGUUGGAACAGGUUGCCACAUUUGGUUGCACUGGUUUUGCCCUAUUGUUUGAUGACAUUGACACUGAGCUGAGCGAGGCUGACCGUAGUGUGUUCCAGUCUUUUGCCAGUGCCCAGGUCUCUGUCACCAACGAAGUUUAUGAGCAUCUUGGUCAGCCUCACUUUUAUUUCUGCCCUACUGAGUACUGUACCUCUCGUGCUGUACCAGACAUGGCUAUGUCUGAAUACCUUAACACCAUCGGUGUCAAACUCAUGCCAGGAAUUGACAUCCUUUGGACAGGUGCCAAAGUGGUCACCAAGAAAAUCACAGUGAGUCACCUAAUGGCUAUUUCUAAUGUGCUUAGAAGACCACCCAUUAUUUGGGACAACAUUCAUGCUAAUGACUACGACCCUAGGAGGAUUUUCCUUGGACCCUAUGACGGCCGGUCACCAGAGAUCAUACCAUACUUGCGAGGUGUCUUGACAAAUCCAAACACUGAAUUUGAGGGAAAUUACAUUGCUCUCCACACCCUUGGACAGUGGAGUAAAUCCAACUGUGAUGGACUUAAGAAAGAUAUAAUUUCAGAUGGUGAGAGGCUGAGUCCAGUUGUUUCUGACAUAAAGUUGGAGACGGAGUGCGAGUUUGAUACGACGACAGAAGACCUGCCGGCCAGAUUGGACACUAGAUACCAGCCAAAAGUGGCUCUGAUGAUGGCUCUCAAAGAGUGGAUGCUGGAAUUGGACAAUAACCGUAUGCCUCCAGUUGCUGUUACCCCUGUCCCUAUCCCUCCACCAAAUAACUGCAUACCUCUAGCGGGUCCCCUAUCUAACCCUGCUGGGAUUCCAGAUGUUUACUGUAGUCUACCAGGAGUAGAGGAAACUGAGAACAAUCCUUCGUACAUGCAACCAACGAUGAACCCUGUAAACAGCCUUGUCAGCAGUUGUAGUAAUGGCAUUCCUGUAACAGACACAGAACAACCCUGUACUGUUGCUGAUAUUCUCGGGGAACCUAUGGAUUGUGCUUUAAGUGAUGAUACCUCAUCAGUGAACUCAGACAAUCAUGAACAAGCUUCGCUUGACAAUCUUAUGCAAGUUGAAGUUGUUGCUGAAGACUUGCAGAACAAAAAAGGACUGACAGCCUCAAAAAUCUGUGAUAAUAAAACCUAUUAUGAAGAUCUUUCUCUCCUCGUGGAUCUCUUUUACCUGCCAUUUGAACAUGGUACGCAGGGAGUUAAGAUGUUACAGAAUCUCAGAUGGGUAAAGUGCAAUGCAUUUCAGGUCACGCAGGCCCAGAAAAAACAAUCGGAAGUUGCAGAAUGGAUGGAAAAUGCAGACACUUUCAUAACCGAUGUUAAGAGAGUUCAAGACAUGGCCAAGCGUCUGUAUGAGGUUCCUAAUGUUUCACUAGCACACACCAUCUUCCCUUACGUUUGGGACAUCCUUGGUGUGUUGGAAACCUGUGCUGCCUAUGUAGCAUGGCUAAAGUUGGGGAGUUGUACCUUGUCAACCAGUGAAACGAAAGGAAACGACAAUCUUUCAUGGUGCUCAAACCUUUACAAGGAGGCAUUCUCUUGUGGCGAUUCAGAGCCCUGGGUCUUCCGAGGCGGUUUACAAGGAGAAUUUGAACGUUUGUUACCUACUAGAAGUGCAUGUGACUUGUACUACAUGCAACCUCCAGAGGUCAUCAUCAGGAACCAGUAUCGCUAUAGACCAUACUCGUCUAGUGAUGAGAGUGCAGUUUAUCAGAUCUGCCUACAGACCUGUGAUGAUGGGAUGGAUGGUACAGAAGUAUUUCCUGAUAUGCCAGGACUCAUAGGAGACAGGAUAUUGGGUGCAAUGACAUCCCUUAGUCCAGAGAACUGCUUUCUGGUUGAGGACGACGUUGGAGUUUGUGGGUAUGCUGUGGCAGCACUAAGUGCUCGGCAACUUCAGGAAAGGGCAAAGCUGGCAUGGAUUCCUGCUAUGAAAGAGAAGUACCCACUAGUCCAGAAAGAGCAGCCGAGCCCUGCUGAUGAAGUGAUAUCAAGUUUUCACAAUGAACAGAGAAAUAUUCCUGAGACUGUGCUCCAAAAGUACCAAUCGGUAGUGAGAGUGGACUUUAUUCCAAGUAGAGUUGUCGACUACUCUGUGCCUAAACGUCUAUUGGCCUGUGCUCUGAAUGCUAUCAAAUCGGGUGGAUCAGAAGGCGUACAUGUCGAAAUGAAUGUUGGGGACAAAUGUAUGAUCGACCAUUACAGAAGGAUUGGGUUCUUUCCGAUAACGUUACAACCUCAAGAUCCCGAGGAUGUUGUGUAUCUGGGACGCAUUAUCUAAGACAGUGGUCAUGUCGGGUUCUGCUUACUGCCGAGACAUGUCCAAAACCUAGGGCCAGCCUGCAAUGAUCUGUGAUGUAUUUUGACCAAACACUAGCUUAUUGAAAGCUGUGUAUCUUUUAAUGAAUAUUCAACAGUAUUUUAUCAUGUGUAUGUAUAAAUGCCAAUCAUUAUUGAAAGAAUUUUUAAAGAAAUAUUUAUAUGUUAUUUAUAUGUAUUUAAAAGAGAAAAGGUUGCUUAUUACAGGGUAAUAGUCAAAUAGGAAUAAUUUAUACCUUGUAAGAAGUGAAUUUUUUUCAUUACCUCCGCAUCUGGGAAUGAAUGUCGUGCUCAAAGUUACAGUAAACACAUGUUAUGAUGGUGAGAUUGAUCUUGUAAUUGAAAACAUUCAAUAAUUCAGUUGAGUUAUAAAAACAAAAAUCUUUGAAAUGUGAUCAUGUGACUUGGACAACUGUGAUUAUGAAAACAGUGGAUGAAUUGAAAGGUAUCUGGCAUAAAUUGAGUUGAUAAAGUUUCGUCAAUGUGUAUCUUACUUUUUUUCCCCUCCAUUGAGUUCUUGUAUUGCAUUUUGUCUCUAUGAAUGUGUUUGACUUAAUUUCUUGAGUCGCUAAAGAAAAGGAAACAUUUAACAUUGAUGUCUGUUGACGUGCAAGAUACUUUGUGGUACUAUGGAUCUGUCAAAUAUAAAAACAUAUAUGAUGUUGCCUUAUUUUCUGGUGUAAAGAUACAUUUUGUUACUCUUUAUAAAUGACAUUUCUGCCAGGGGAAUGAACAGUGUUUGAAGAUGUGUUAUACUUUUGAUAGGUGCUGCAGUAUGUUAUGUGAAGGCCUCUGAUAUGUAUGGGCUACGCUGAUAUGUAUGGGCUAUUCUAGAUAGGAAUGUAUUGAGGAAGUGAGUGGGGAGGAUCCACUUAUAAUUAAACAAGAGGUAGGGUCUGAAAUAUUUCACAUUCCUACAUGGAAAAUAAAUAAGGGUAAUGCCCAUUAAAAGUACCUCCACCCUCCUGCAUACAUUUAUUUCUGGAAAAGCCCCAUGACAUGUUUAAAGGUGUUCCUUCACCAUUUGUUGUUAAUUUCAAUAUCUCCCUACAAGCUGAACACUAGACCCAAUGAUUGGGUGUAAGGGAGGUAGAGACGGAAGCUAUUACAGUGCUACCUCCCCAGUUACUAACACUUACGAGACGUGUGUAGCUCAGCUGGAAUCGUUCGAUUCCCAAUAUUGUUUUACAAGACUCUAGUGCUUAACACUAUAGGAUAGUGGUUGUGAUUCUGGCCGACAUGUGAACUGUUCGGAGUUGAACAACAUUAUGCGAGAUUGUGAAUACAUACUCUGGUCUACAUACACAUUGUGUACAUCUUGAUCAAUAUGUCAACAGAUUUAAAUAAAGAAACAGAAAACUGAAA